AUGGUUCCUGCCCGCUCUUCCACCAGCAUCCUCUCCAUGCUGCUCCUGCUCCUGAUGCUCUUCCACCGGGGACUCCAAGCUUCCAUCCGAGGCUCGGAUACCUACCAUUUAACCAGCUGGUUGAAUUGCAGCUCUAUUGCCGAGGAGAUUGGGGGGAAGCUCCCAAAAUCUAACCUUACUAAUGAGGACGAAACAACUAAUCUGAUGAAUCAUACCUUGCGGAGAGUAAACCUGUAUGAAUUCCUAGAAAGCCAAAGGAAAUUGGAUCCUGAGGACAGAGGUGGCAUCAAGUCCAAUCUUCAGAAACUUAAAUGUUGCCUGCCUGCCUCUGUGACUGACUCUGAGCUGCCAGGAGUCUACAAUGAAGAUCUGAAUGACUUUCAGAACAAACUGAGAUUCUAUGUGACCCAUCUUAACAAUCUGCAGCCAGUGCUGAUCUCUAGACUACCUCAGCUCACGUCUGGUUCUGGCACUUCUAACCCUGGAACCGUGGAAUGUUAA